GGGGAUAGCAUGUCAACACAACAAACGAGACUGCCGGCUCGAUCUCUGCAUCUUCAAGAAACGCUCAUAUUCUCAUCCUGUCCAUGUUCCUGCAGUCAAGUUGUUCAAGUUCAAGACCUUUUGUAGUCCAACUCAAGGCUUAGCCGACAGAGUGUAAGACGAGCUGCAGAACCUCAAACACUUCUUUCGUCAGCACAUCUGAUUUCUAAAGCAGCUCUGCUCCUCACCUGUCAGCCAAACUCACAACAACAAAACCAUGGCUCAGUCAACCAAUACGUCCUCCUCCUCCUUCCCGCAGCUCGAGAUUCUCGAUCCUGCCGACCCACACAUCUUUCUCGACCCCAGCAAGUGCAUCCACGAUGGACCAGACGUGGCGCGCUUUCUCAUCUCCAAGGCGUACCGAGACAUUGGCAUCUUCGUGAUGCAGCUCAACCGCGCCCUCUGCCCUCGGAGAGACCCCUGGGGGUCCGGCACCCCCAAGACGUUCCCCCUAGUCGGCAGUGAUCGCAAAGACCCAGAGUCUAUCCGCAGUUUGCAGGGCCUCCUGGAGAAGACAGCGUCUAUCAUCGACGAGGCGCCUCCAGACCCAGGCCCGAGGCGCUUCGGGAAUAUCAGUUUCCGCAAGUGGUACAAGCUGCUGGAGGACAGGGUCGACGGACUGUUGAAGGAGUAUGUGGGUGCGGACGUGCUGGGAUUCGCGGCUACGAGUGCGAAGGACGGGCAGGGCGAGACCUUUGGCGCGCUUGACGAGCUGAGGGCCUACUUUCUCGGCGGGUUCGGCAGCCCGCAGAGACUGGACUACGGCACAGGCCAUGAGCUGAGCUUUCUUGCCUUUCUAGGGUCUUUGUGGAAACUCGGUGCUUUCCGAGACGGCACACAGGGUGGCGAUGUCGAGCGCAGUAUCGUGCUCGGUGUCUUUGAGCCGUAUCUCAAGGUGGUGAGAAAGCUGAUUCUCACAUACACACUCGAGCCCGCAGGGUCUCACGGCGUCUGGGGUCUUGAUGACCACUCGUUUAUGCCAUACAUAUUCGGCUCCGCACAACUCACGCGGCCCAUCACGGAAGAGGAGGCGAUGCCACUUGAGGGGUCUGUGCAGAGGGCACCCAAACCCGUGGACGUGACCAAGUCCGAUGCGGUGGAGAUGCUACGAGAGGUAAAUAUGUACUUCUCUGCCAUUGGUUUCAUCAACGACGUCAAAAAGGGCCCCUUCUGGGAGCAUAGCCCGAUCCUGUACGAUAUCUCUGGGAUUAAGGAUGGUUGGGGGAAAAUCAACAAGGGCAUGAUCAAGAUGUUCAACGCCGAGGUCCUGUCCAAAUUUCCCGUGGUGCAGCACUUCCCCUUUGGCUCGCUCUUCUCGUGGGACAUAGACCCAGACGCAUCUGCACCCCAGCAAUCCAUCCACAUGGUAAACCAACCUGUGGCCGCAGCAGCCGGACCAACGUCCUCUCUGCCUCCCGGCACGGGCGCGCCAUGGGCACAAGCCACACAGAUGCCUAGCCUCGGAGGCCCGGGUAUACCAGGCACUGCAGGGGCGCAGAUCAGUGUGACCAAGGCGCCGUGGGCUAAGUGA